AUGUCCACUUUUAAGACAUGUCCAGUUUUUAAGACAUAUCCAACUCUCAAAAGCAAAAUGUCUGAUCCAGGGAACAUGGACAAUGCAACUGAUAUUGAUCGUGAUCUUACCCGUAUGUGCGAGGAGACACAUCGAGCAAAUACAUAUGGGGAUUAUGAUCAAUAUGUUCACCAUCCAAAAAUAAUGGCAAAAGCUGGUUUCUAUGAACUAGAUAAGAGACUGAUUUGCUUCAGAUGUGGUUUAAACAUCGAUAUCGAUGACAUUGGAAAAACUGAUGACAUCGUGGAAGUUCACCAGACAAAGAGGCCAAGUUGUGUAACCGGUAAUGUACCUAUUCGUAUAAAUAAGAUUAUAAGUAAGAUCAUCGGUCAUCAAGAAACAGAUAACGAAAAAAACAGCUGUGGUAACAACGAAGGAAGAAGCCGUGGAGCUAGUGGCGAAGAAGACGGUGGAGAUUCACGCGAGUCGGAAAAUGACAGUUCCUCGAGAAUCAGUGCUGGUAACAUAUUAUCGGAGAUGGGUAUCGAAUCGUAUUCUGGACCAGAGCACGAAAAUUUCGUAACGCCAAUAAGUCGCAAAUACACCUAUGACGAUUGGCCUCUGGGAGAUAUAAUGCUCCCCAAAAAACUGAUAGCUGCUGGAUUCUUUUAUUCGGGUAAACCUCUUUAG